UAUUAACGAUUUUUAUCUCAAAAGAUCGUCGACAACUCAUAGCGGAUAGAAGUCGUCGUCAGUCUAAGGGAAGAUUGGAAAGUGUAAACAACUCAGCCGAACCUCCUCCGUUAAAUAUGGCAGCCUUCUCAGAAGACCAGAUCAUGGAUUUCCAGGAGGCCUUCUCCAUCUUCGACCAGAAGGGUGAUGGCAAGAUCCAGGUGUCCCAGAUCGGAGAGGUUCUCAGAGCCCUCGGCCAGAAUCCUACAGAGUCAGAAGUGAAGAAGGUUUCACACCAACACAGACCUGAGGAGAGGAUCAGCUUCGAAGUGUUCCUGCCCAUCCUGCAAACCAUCUCCCGUCAGCGCCCUGUUGACACCGCUGACGAUUUCAUCGAGGGACUCCGUCACUUUGACAAGGAUGGCAACGGCUACAUUUCCUCAGCUGAACUCCGUCAUUUGAUGACUCACCUCGGUGAAAAGCUAACUGAUGAAGAAGUGGAACAAUUGCUUGCUGGACAGGAAGACUCUCAGGGCAACAUCAACUAUGAAGAGUUUGUAAGGCUUGUCCUGAGUGCCUAAGGCUCGAAGGUUCUUCUGGAGUAGUUAACGUAUAUGGGAAGCAUUUAAGUAUGAGUUUG